GUUGCAUGUAAUGAGCAACAGCCCCUUUGUCUCUUGACUCUCAGUUUCUACUCGUGUCUAGCCGUGGAAAGGACUUGGAGCUGAUCUGCAACGAGGUCGUCUUGCCACCUGUUGGUGUGAGGAGCAGCAUGGCCUCCGCUACCUCCAGGGCCAUGCCCACUAGCCAGUCUAGACCAAGGCUGUCAAAGAGCGACUCAACUGUCAGCUUUCAAUCCAAUGCAUCUACUCCAUCUGCAGCUCUAUACAACUUCAAGCUCCUGGAGGCGCUCCGUUCAGACGAUCCUAAAAUGGUCCAACCCUUUAUCGAUGAGCUCAAGCCGAGUCCAACUUCGGCAGCUGGUCAGGCCGAUGUUCUGCGAGCUGGAAAUCUCCUCGGGAUGGCAGUACGAGUAUCUUCCAUGCCCAUCGUCAAUCUUAUCAUUUCCUCACCAUCUAUCACCUCACCCAAUCUCCCAGUAUCAUCUGCCUCACUAGCCACGUCUUUGCACGUCGCCAGUGAGAUUGGCCGUAUAGAAGCAGUCCAACUGCUCCUAAAUCAUCCCAAGAUUAACGAUACUAUCCGAGAUGAUCAAGGACGCACUCCCUUGGAGUGCGCUGCAAAUGCCGAAGUCGCAGCUCUCAUUGAAGAAUCUCGAACCAAUCUUCAGCUACAAUAUCUUGGUCAUCUCGGUGACUAUGUGUCUAGUCCGUUGAACUCUGUUGAGGAGAGCUUAGCUAUGGUUGAUUUCCUAGAGGGUUCUCGUGUCGAAAUUCUGAAUCUCAACGCGCUAGAUGAGAAGUCAGGAACAUCGCUGCUUCAUGAAGCGGCACACCGGAGAGAUUUGCGUCUCGUCGAGUUGGCGUUGAAGAGAGGUGCAGAUGUCUUUGUGAGGGAUCGCAAAGGACGGAGGGUACUGGAGGGUGAGAAAGGAGCGGACGAGCGCAUCAAGGUGUUCUUGAAGCAAUUCAACAACCAGGACAAUCUGGUCCAGAACAAGAGCGAUGGUCGACCGCCUGAUCUGAAAGGCUUCUUGAGCAAAUGGGUCAAUUACCGGAGUGGAUGGAGGACAAGGUGGUUCGUCCUUGAAAAUGGAGUGUUGAGCUAUUACCGCAAUCGAGAAGACGAAACCGUGGCCUGUCGUGGUUCCAUCGCGAUGGCGACUGCCAAGAUUCAUCCCUCAACUGAUGGUUCCCGGUUCGAAGUCGGCUCGCGGGUGUCUUCCUCUGUCCCAAAGAUGAUCGUCAAAUCAGCACAUCGAGCGGAAAUUGCGAGAUGGAUCCAAGCCAUCAAGCUUAACGUAGAGUACUAUUCCAACCAAGCGGAAUCUUCUGGAAGAGGCCUCGAUGUCAAAACCUCGAAUCGUUCACUCAGCUCAUCUUCCAGUCAGAAGCCAGUCGGCUCUGCCAUCCAGUCUCUCCCUCCCAGUGACAGCUUCCUUUCAGCCAAGCUCGCUAGAACUACGACUGGACUCAGCAAUCUGAGUGUCAAUCCUCCAGCCGCAAGUUCUAGCAUGUUGUCAUCGAUCAAUCCCGUUGUGGAGACGGAAGACGAGGAGAGCUUAUCGAUUUACGAAGCUGCCGAGAAGGACAGCAUCGUGGAGAGUAUACGCGACCAACCGCAUCCUCCGGCGCACGGUAUACCCCACGAGAAUACGUAUGACCUCGGCGUCCUCAAUAUCAAAGCUCAAGUAGAGCUGACGCAACAACUUGUGAACUCGAUUUCCAUCACUCCCCCUGGAUCGCCGAUUAGGGGCGGCGCGCCUCUGGUCCGGACCAAUUCGCGGCAACAAGCGGUCAAAGAGGCUCUUCGAGCGUCGCUUGAAACUCUCGCUACUCAGGUCUCGGUCCAGACCAUCAUGGCCCAAGAUCGAGAACGCUAUCUUCUCGGUAGGAUCCAACGCGAACUUGAAGCUCGAAAAGUAUGGGAAGAGAACAUGCUUGCGGUGGCUCAACAGCAGGCAGAUACAGACAGACAGCUGAACGAAGCCGCAAAGGAUAAUGAGAAGAAGCGGAGGGCUCUGCGAAAAGCUCGAGGUGUGCUGGCUGGUCUCAGCAAUGCAGAUAGUCUACCUACAUCGCCGGCUUUGGAGUCUGCCACUACUCCUCUCUCUGGUAUCUUGGACAAGGCUACAACCCCAUCCACGUCCACCGACUAUCGGUCGCUUGCUUCUCCACCUCUAUUGGAUCAAUCCAUCUCCAAUAUGAGGGAGAUCAACGAUGCUCAUGACGAGAUUAUCGCUGCUGCCGGGGCUGAGAGUGACAGUGAUGAGGAGGAGUUCUUCGACGCCGUUGAGGCCAACACUAUCCCGAACCUGCAAUUGCAUGAGAGCAUCGCGAAUCCAGCCAUGCAAAGAGCGGCCGAGGACAAGGCGGCGACUGGUGGUAACAGCAAGAACACCAUCGUGGCGUAUCUCGGCCGGAAAAGUCUCGAACCCUAUGGCCACCUUAGAUCCAGGCUGCCUAUCGAUGACGACAAACGACCUUCCGUCAGUCUGUGGUCAAUUCUCAAAUCAUCCGUCGGCAAAGAUCUCACGAAAAUUUCAUUUCCCGUCAGUUUCAACGAGUGCACGUCCAUGCUGCAACGUAUGACUGAGGACAUGGAAUAUGACGCUUGCCUCACAGUGGCGGCGGAACAGGAAGACUCCCUCAAGCGAAUAGCUUUUGUCGGCGCCUUUGCAAUGAGUAAUUACAGCUCUACUAUUGGACGUAUUGCCAAACCUUUCAAUCCAUUAUUGAGUCAGACCUUCGAAUAUGCUCUGCCAAAUCGAUACAGAUAUGUAUCUGAACAAGUAUCUCAUCAUCCUCCGAUAUCGACAUGCUAUUGUGAAGCUCCACGCUGGAAAUACUAUGGCGAAGUGGACACCCAGAACAAGUUCCAGGGUCGAAGCUUUGAGAUUCGACCUACUGGAGUCGUACACGUUGAGCUCAUCAUCCCGCUGUCAUGGGUCAAGGGGGUCGACUACCCAGCCGCAGGACCAGAAUACGGCAGUGAAUUCGUCGUAGAGCACUACUCAUGGCGCAAAGUCACCACCAACAUCUCUGGCUUCAUCACUGGCUCGCCUGUCAUUGAUCAUUAUGGCGACCUCAUUGUGACGAAUCAUCGGACUGGCGAAACUUGCACAUUGACGUUCAAACCAAGGGGAUGGAGGGGCAGUAAUGCGUUUGAGAUCAAGGGCGACGUCGUCACUGCGGAGGGCCAAACAGCCUGGGAUAUCGCCGGUCGCUGGGACUCGCAGCUCGUCGCUAGAAAAAGUGGAACCGGAUCUGCUCCCCUCGAUGCGGAUGCCAAAUUCGCCCCAUCUCAAAAGGAGUAUCUGCUAUUGUGGCGGAAGACCGAAUCCCCAAAGUCUCCUUUUAAUCUCACUCAGUUUGCAAUUAGCUUGAACGAUAUACCUGAAGGCCUGGAGCCAUACCUGUGCCCCACCGACUGUCGACUUCGAACUGAUCAGAGAGCAUUCGAAAAUGCAGAAUAUGACUUGGCUCAGGAGCUCAAAACUGCCAAUGAGGACAAGCAGCGCAUGACUAGAAAGCUACGAGCGGAAGGCAAAGUCCCACCACAUGAACCGAGGUGGUUUGAACCGGCCACUGAAGCAGAUACGAAUGAGCGUGUGUGGUUGCCGAAGAGAGCGGAGGACGGCGAGGUCAAGUUUUGGGCUGAGAGGGAGAAGAAGGAUUGGUCAGAUGUGGAGCACAUCUUUGUGGAGGCUGACAGCAAUUGAGCAAGAUGAGCAUGUCCAGCAGUGUCAUAUUCUGUCUAAUCACGCCGAUCCAUGCUGGUCAUUCACUGCUCGCUGCCAUGCACACAUUUAUUUAUUUUUCCG